AGGAAAACGAUCUUCUUGUUUAAUCAACCAAAAAGAUUAAGAAUUCGCAGGAUAUAUCAGAAUCUACCGCCGAGGAGGUCAUGGCUGAUGCCAAUGCUCAGAAUCUAUCCUAUAAGGAUAAACUUCUACUCAAUGGCAUGGAGGAUAAUGUUGAUGAAAAUCUCUCCUUGAUGCUAUGCUGGACUACCUUGAUGAGGAAUCUGAUAUCAAUGAUGAUCCAGAGGACCCUACUCCGAUUGUUCUCUUCUCUAGAGAAGACAAGCACCAGAUGCGUGAACCAUGGAAGAAACCUCUGAUUAUUAAGACUUUUGGCAAAGCAGUGGGAUAUAAUUUCCUAUAUGCUAGCAUCAAAGCUCAAUGGAAACCAGUAGGUAAGUGGGAUUGCAUUGAUUUGGGCCAUGACUUUUUUCUUGUUUGUUUUCAGGUACAGGAGGAUCUUGACAAAGUGAUUAAUGGGGGACCAUGGUUUGUGGGGGCUUACUACCUCACGAUCAAGCCAUGGGAACCAAACUUCCAACCUGAGGAUGCCACAUUCUCUCACACGGUGGUUUGGGCACAACUCCUUGCACUACCAUCAGAAUACUAUGACACUUGUUCGCUACACAGAAUUGGUAACACUGUGGGGACUCUCCUAAGGGUAGAUGCCCACACCGCUCACCACACUAGGGGACACCGUAAAUCAGAAUGCCCAUUUAAUGGCCCCCCAUUUACUGGAGUUUCUGACAUGAAUGUUGGAAUCAAGGAUCCUCACAGUAUUAUUGAAGCGUCAGGUUCUGGUGGUUUGAAUAGCAACACCUCGACAGAGCCCAAUUUAAGGACCUCCAUUAUGGCUACUUCAAGUGUUCAACAGAGUUCUUCCUCCACCAAUCAUACUACUACCUUGCCACAAGGUUGACCUAAUCAACUUGAUGAAUGUGG